UUAUAAUUGGCGACUUAUUUCGCAUUUCCAUUAACAAAGAUAGAUAUCAGUUUUAUUUGCGUAGCAUUCCCUUGGAUAAGUAAAUGCAACAUCUAUAAUAUAAGGCAAAACGACGAGGCACUGCUAGAGAAUCGUCCAUUACAUAGUACAUCGCAAUGCCACCAACUCUAGAUUACAAAUACAUUUGGUUAAUUGAACCAUCAACUUCUGCUACACGACCGAAUCCGUCCACAGUAUGUUCACUGAGAAACACCAAAGAGGCUUACUUGGAAGCCGUGCGUAUUAUAUUGGUUCUAUUGGACAACAUUCUUGGCUCGCCGGCGGAGAAGAAGUAUCGCACCAUACGUCUUGAGAAUAAAACAAUAAAGGAAAAGUUGCUUUCCCUAGAGGGUUGUGGAGAAUUGUUGCUGGCCAUGGGUUUCAAACGAACCAACGAUGAAUACAUAUUGCCUGCAGAAACUUCGUUGCAAGUGAUACGUGAAUAUCGCGAUGCUCUGAUUAAACGUAGGGAUUAUUGGACAAACAGAAAGAAUGAUGACACUCUAAAAGCCAUAGUGUCAUCCAAUCAGUUGCCAGAUGUUAGUUUGCUGCCAUGUAGACCAAUAUCAGCCUCUAAACCCUAUAGACAACGUAUUACAUUCCCACGUGUUUUGCAUACAUCCAACAAAUUUCUAGAGUCAUUGGAAUUCUAUUCCGAUGCCGUCAUGCAAUAUGAAGAUGAAAAACUAAUGGCUGCCGCUCGUCAACUAAUACCCAUAGACAAUUUAACCAAAAAAGCCCAUGAAGCAUUAGCCAACAUGCAGGAGGCUAAUGCUAAGACUGAAACGCCCAGUAAACAAAUACCCUGUAUACGUGAUUUGAUAUUGGUUGAACUAGUGAAUUGGUUCAAAAAUGACUUCUUUGAAUGGAUCAAUAUUUUGCCAUGCAAAGUUUGUGGCAGUGAGGAAAGUAAAUUGAAACGCACCAUAACCGAGGGCGAUGUACGCGUGGAAGUAGGCAUAUGUUGUGGUCAAGAAACCAAGUUUUAUCGUUACAAUGAUGUUGCUCAGUUGUUGAUUUCACGCAAAGGGCGUUGCGGCGAAUAUGCAAAUUGUUUUACCUUUCUUUGCAGAUGUUUGGAUUACAAUGCGAGAAUAGUGCAUCCACUUUUUGAUCAUGUGUGGACAGAGGUAUACUCUGAAUCACAAAAACGAUGGAUACACAUUGAUCCCUCUGACAAUGUGGUCGAUUCGCCUCUGAUGUAUCAACAUGGCUGGAAACGUAAUAUCGACUAUGUUUUGGCUUAUUCAUGUGAUGAUAUACAAGAUGUUACCUGGCGUUACAGUAAUAAUCAUAAAGAAAUUUUAACAAAACGACGAUUUUGUACCGAAAACGAACUGAUAGAAGCUGUGAUGGCUAUACGAAAGAAGCGACAAUCGAACUUGAGUGAAGAACGCCAAAAGGUAUUAGGUGAACGUUGUAUUAGAGAGUUGUUGGAGCUUUUGGGAGAACGUUCACCAACGGAAAAUGAGUUAAAAGGUCGAAGUUCUGGUAGCUUAGCAUGGCGCCAGUCACGCGGCGAGCACAACUUUGAAAAUAUUUAUGAAUUCGCUUUGGAAAAGGAAGAGAUUUUGGAAAAACAAUUUAAUGUUCGUUACUCAUGUUCCAGCGAUAACUAUGAGCGUUACAUCAAAGAUCCUACUGGCUUGUGUCGUACAAUUCUAAGCCACAAAACCUGGCAAAGUUGCCAGUUCUCAUCGAAAAACAUUUUACGCAAGGUUGAGCGUGAUUGGAAAAUGGUUUAUUUGGCGCGCCAAGAGGACAGCGAUUACGGUGAACUUGUGUGGAAAUUUAAUUUUACAAACUCCACACUCAAGGUUAAAUCGUUUAAGUUGACCCUGGAAAAGAAGACAUUCGGAGAAGGUCGUAUUGACAUUACCUUUAGAGAUGGUAAAACCAAAGAAAUCAUAACCACAUUGGAAAAUAGUAAUAAUUUUGAAAUAUGUGCCAAAUUGUCGGGUGGAAAGGGUGAUGUGGCUUGGCAGCAUGCCCAACUCUUUCGACAAUCGUUGAAUUCCCAAGAAUUUCCAUUUGAGUUACAACUAGAAUUAACGGAAUAGCUUUCGGGUGAGGUGUGCAAUAAAAAGUCAUGUAAAUACAUACAUAUUUAUAUAAUAUUUCCAAUAAUAAUAAUAUAUAGAAUAUAGAUAUAUUCUUUAUACAAAUACAUAUAUACAAAAGCUUA